GUGUGUUGCUGCCGCCUGGUUCUAUGUUGUGUUUGUUUUUGCAUCACGUAGCCAUUUGCGUACGACGUCACAUAUCCUGAAAAGAGCUCCGUAAGGCAAAAAGGAAAGCGAAAAGAAGGAUAUCCUCUUGCCUUCCAGUUGCACAUCCCCAGAGCAAUCCUUUUUUGAGCUUUGUGUGCCUCAAUGUAUGUGUGUGUGUGUGUUUAUGUGCAAAUUUAUGAGCGAGUGUAGUUGUGUGUUGCAUUGAAGGAUCCGUCCUGUGAAGCGUUUCUUACCAGCAGCAAUUAGAUAAAAAAAACCUAACCGAGUUUUCGCAUCCAAGCAGCAGAAGAAAACCCACCUUUUCCUGUGUGCAUUUUCUGCCUACUUUGUUUUGGUUUUUGGUGCGUCCGCGUGAAAGGAAAAUUGUGUGAGAGCAGCAGUUGGGCAGCUGUUGUGUGUUGGUCCAGUGUGCGCAGUAUCAAUGCUCGUCCAACUUGUGCUGGUGUGUGUUACCGUGCUCCACUGCUGCUGUCCUGUGUGAAUGCGGUUAUGCGGUUUGGUGCACUGUUUUUUUUCUUUCCUUUAUCUUUCCAUAAAUGAAAACAAGUGAACGAUGCAAAGUUAGAGUUUGGUGAGCAAAACAUACAAAGUGAUUGUGAAUGUGUGUAGUGAUACAAUUUGUGCAGUAAAUAUUUCGUUUUGUCAAAUUAAUUCAAUAAAAUUUGUGAAGUGAAAAGCAACAACAAAAAAAGAUCCUCGUUGUUGCAUCUUUGCGCAUCUCUUACGGUGAAGUGAUAAGUUUCGUUCCCGGAAUUCGAUUUUCCAUUCGGUUUGUGUUCAUUUGUUUAUUACUGUCAAACACACACACACGCACACGCGGGCAUUUUAAUCAACCCACUCGGCCCAGCCCCUCUCCAUUCCGUCCCAUAAUUCGUUUGAUUUUGUUUUUGGUCAUUAUUAAGUGCGAUUCCGCGCGCGCCACCAAUCCGGUGAGUGCGGAACGAACUGCAUCCCGUACACAAUAGGCUCGGUCGAGGAAGAAAGCAUCGUCGUCGGCAUUACGGAGACCAACGGAACAAACGUCGUCGCAAGCAUGGUGAAACGAACUGACGGCACAGAGUCUCCGAUAAUUACGGAGAGCGAUGCAGAUACGGAUAAACCGCGAAUGAGAUAUGGAGAACUCGUGAUACUAGGAUAUAAUGGAUUUCUACCACAGGGCGAUCGUGGCCGUCGUCGGUCAAAGUUCGUCCUGUACAAACGCGUCGAAUCAAAUGGCGUCAAACGUUCCAAACACUACAUUGUACAGUCGCCUCAAUCCUCGCAGGCCAUCUUGGACGCCAAACAGCACUCCAUAUCGUACACGCUCUCCCGCAAUCAGGCCGUUAUCGUAGAGUACAAAGAGGAUCCAGAUACGGAUAUGUUUCAGGUUGGACGAUCAUCCGAAUCGCCGAUCGAUUUCGUUGUGAUGGACACACUACCAGGAGACAAGAAAGAUGCGAAAAUUGUGCAGAGCACGAUUUCUAGAUUUGCCUGUAGAAUUUUGGUAGACCGAGCGGAUGGCAACAAGGCACGGAUAUAUGCAGCAGGGUUCGAUUCUAGCAGAAACAUAUUUCUCGGGGAGAAAGCCACUAAAUGGCAGGAUAAUGUAGAAAUCGAUGGCCUCACUACAAACGGCGUACUGAUAAUGCAUCCAAAGGGUGACUUUUGUGGCGGCAAUGCAGAUUGCGGACAGUGGCGGGAAACGUCCGUUGGAGGUGAUGUCUUUAGCUUGCGAGAAUGCCGAUCGGCACAACAGAAGGGACAGCAGAUUUACGACGAGACGAAUGUGCUGCAGGAUGGCACCCUGAUCGAUCUCUGCGGCGCGACGCUUCUGUGGCGUUCGGCCGAAGGUUUGCGGCAUUCACCGACAAAGAAGGACCUGGAAAAGUUAGUAGAUGAAAUCAAUGCUGGCCGGCCACAGUGUCCGGUGGGCCUAAACACGUUAGUUAUUCCUAGAAAAGUGUCAUUGGGUGAUCACGUCAAUCAGCCUUACGUAUAUCUGAACUGUGGCCAUGUACAGGGUCAGCAUGGUUGGGGUCAGGAUAAAAACACAAACGCACGACGGUGUCCGAUGUGUCUGGAGGUGGGACCGGUGGUGACACUCUGUAUGGGUGUCGAGCCCGCAUUUUACGUUGAUUCAGGUCCACCAACGUACGCAUUCAACCCGUGCGGUCAUAUGGCGACGGAAAAAACGGUCAAAUACUGGGCAAAUGUCGAUAUACCUCACGGUACCAACGGUUUUCAGUCGGUUUGCCCGUUCUGUGCGACCCCGCUUGUAGGAUCUCCCGGUUACAUAAAGCUGAUUUUCCAGGAUAAUUUAGAUUAAUUUCGCCAUCAUCUCAUUCUACACAUCUGCAACCAUGGUCAUCAUCGGUCUCCCCCCCGCAUGUCACGUCACGUUUGGCACUCGGCCGACUGUUUUUCCGGACUCCCGUAAUGCCGAGCUAGCUGGAAAACAGCGCUUGUAAUGCGUGAUGGAAACGCUUAAAAAUGAUUCAAAACAAAAGCGCCACCUAGUGUACGGGGGAUGAAAGUGUUCGCAUUGAGUUUAAGAUUAGCGCCAUCUGUUGGUGUAUAGGUAGUUUUAUUUCGGAACAUUUUCUAAGCACGCUGAAUCGAAGUUCAUCGCUGGCGGCAUUUUUCCCCGGCUGUCACUAUUUAGUAUCAACUGUUUUUUUUUCAACUAUAUGUAGUGCGUUAAAAUAAUCUGUUUUGUAUUUUAGUUUAUUGAUGUGUUAAUGUAUUUUAUCUUUCAAUAGAAUGUCGAAUGAAAUUCUAGCGUCGGCGUAGGUUGGAAAAAGCACGCUAGGCAAUGAUGUGUAAGCGUUGGCUGGCGGCCGGCUAAACAAUCAGUAAUGCAAACCAAACAUAAUUAUUAUUCGCUACAAGAUUGAUCGACCGAUGCUGGUUAGAUAUUUUCAUUACGACGAAUUUGGAAACAGAGAGCUGAACGAGGCCUUCCAAUUUCUACAACGGCACUCGAUUUGUUCCGGUUACCCCCGUGCACAUUGAAGGUCCUUUGUUUAGUGCGUUCCAUAGCAGCUGAAAUUAGCACCAAUGUAUUCGACCGUGGUUUUAAUGUAUCCCAUUUAUGCUUAAGUUAUGUGGAAAGAUUGUGUUUACGCUGUAGUUUCCUGAAAACUGAUGAAUUUAUAACGAACUUUAGCACGUUUCGGGUUUAUUACGAUGCAUCGUGUUUGAAGUGUACCAGCUUGUCUUAGGAAUACAUUGAAUUCACUCUCUCUCUAUUGCCUUCCUUUACAAUUAUUCUGGAUCAAAAGCAAACUUGGUACGUUAUGAAAUGGAAACGAAAACCGAACUUUGCCUAAUGCAUCCACACCAUUGAGCAAUUGAAGGGAACGUCGCCUAUCGUUGAUCCUGUGGAUGUAACGACUUCAUCAUUUUGUUUGUUUAGUUCGACCUUAAGGUUAGUGUUAAUUUACAACAAAAUGCUCUUGCAUAUGGUUAAGAAGUAAAAUUUAUUUCUAAACAUAAAUGAACUGAAUGUGUUUCGCUACUCUAGGCCUUUGUUCGAUUGCAAUUUAUAUGUUUAAAAAAAACAAGGAGAAACAUACGUGCGAAUGCAUUUUUCAAUUUUUUCUCGAAUUGUUAAAUUAGAAAAAAAAGAAGCUAACUGUAGGUUUUGUGAUUUCGUCUAUUACAUUUGUUCUCAAUUUCGAAUCAAAUUACUAGUGAAUUGAAUUGGUUGUGUUGAGGUAAAUAAUGCUAAACGAGCCAUGUUUUUACUGUCACCGGAAAUGAAACGUGUGGGGGUUAAAAAACAAAACAAAAAAAAGAGAAAGAUCCACACGCUGACGAUGUAACAAUGAAAAACAGAAAACAAAACAAAAAAAAAGCAAAACAAAAUCAAUCGAAUGAUGAACACAAAGCACCGGCAAUAUGAAAGAUACGCGCAAGAUGUGUGUUUAACAUUAUAGAACAUUUAGGUGAAUUCCGUUCGUUCACGGUUCUGUAAACGCCCGAUAAGAUUGCUUCUAUUUCUCGUCGACGGGGUCACACUACGAAAUCAAGCGGGGUGUGCAGUUACGCAACAAACAUAUGAACAAAAAUCCCCCCCUCCCCCCUGGGCCCCCUUUUUGAUGCGUCAAAACAUGUAAAAGGGUGAAACUUCGUUCGCAGCGAAACGUGUACAUAAAGUAUUGAUAAGACAAUUGCAUAAAAUAAUUAGAUAAUGUAAGCAUGUGUGAUGUGCGCGUCGUGAAACAAUAAGCAAA